AUGGCUGCGGAGCGGGCUGGAUGUGACCCCCAGGACCCACAGGACAUGAUCCAGGAGCCCGAGUUUGACCCGGAGUUUGACGAGCUGCACGGAGGAGCCGUCCCCAAGAGACAUGCGCGGGUCACGGUCAAAUACAACCGCAAAGAGCUGCAGAAGAGGCUGGAUGUGGAGAAGUGGAUCGACGAGAGCCUGGACCAGCUUUAUUCUGGACAGCCCCACCAGCUCACUCUGGAGAAGGAAGUGAAGAAGGUAAUGUUUUCAUACCUCCAGAACUUCCACAGACACCAGUUGACCUACAGACUGAAGUAA